AGCGAUUCCUCCAGUGCGGCUCGUAGCGUCGCGGUUCGGGCUGAAAGAUGGCUGCGACGGAGCAGCGCCCACCCGUACGGGAGGGAAUGCGGAUCGCGGUGUUGUGCUUGUGCUGGUAUACGGUCAGCUCGGGCGGCAACGUGAUCAAUAAAAUCAUCCUCAACAGCUUCCCUUAUCCGGUCACAGUGUCGCUUUUCCAUAUCGUCUCCAUCAUCGUGUUUCUCCCGCCGCUGCUACGAGCCUGGGGCGUCCCGAGAACGGAGUUACCGGCCCGCUACUACCGCUGGUACAUCUUGCCGCUCGCCUUCGGGAAAUAUUUCGCCUCCGUCUCGGCCCAUUUCAGCAUAUGGAAGGUUCCGGUGUCGUACGCGCACACCGUGAAGGCCACCAUGCCCAUCUGGGUGGUGCUGCUGUCUCGGAUCAUCAUGAAAGAGAAGCAAACCACAAAGGUUUACGUGUCUCUUAUUCCCAUCAUCGGCGGAGUCCUGUUGGCCACGGUCACCGAACUGUCCUUCGACAUGUCUGGAUUGAUCAGCGCUCUGGCAGCAACACUCUGCUUCUCUUUACAGAACAUCUUUUCCAAAAAGGUCUUGCGUGACACAAGGAUUCACCACCUCCAUUUAUUGAACAUCCUCGGCUUCAACGCACUUUUGUUUAUGCUGCCCACAUGGAUUUUAGUGGACCUUUCUAGCUUCCUGAUGGAUGGAGACCUGUCGGAGGUUUCCAGCUGGACAGGAACUCUCAUGCUGCUCCUCAUCAGUGGUUUCUGCAAUUUUGCUCAAAACAUGAUCGCAUUCAGUGUGCUGAACUUGGUCAGCCCACUCAGUUACGCUGUAGCCAACGCAACAAAGAGGAUCAUGGUCAUCAGUAUAUCCUUACUGAUGCUCAGGAACCCCGUCAACACCUCCAACAUUAUCGGCAUGAUGACAGCAAUACUAGGCGUCUUCCUCUAUAAUAAGGCGAAAUACGACUCCAACCAGGAGGCCAAAAAGGGACUGCUGCCUGUUUCAGCACAGGAUGUGGUGUCAUUCGACAAGCCGCAGUCCAACGGCACCGGAGCCUUCACACACAGCUCAGACUUUCAGCACGGCCGGAGCACAGUGCUCACCGACCACUUUCAGUACAGCCGACAGGCCUACACAGCAAACUACAGCUCCAGUCAGUAUGUCGUGUGAGCCCGGGACUCUAAAGACUGCUCUCAGACCAGUGCUUCAGCGGGUGCAUCUUUCAUACGGACGAGUAACUGGAUGAGGAGUGUGUACUCACAAAAUCCUACUGUUAAUUUUUUUCCACAGGCCUGUUAUUUAUUUCAUUACAAACCUUUUAUUUUGCUGUUCAAACUCUCAGUGGUAUGUGUAGGUUUUAGAAAGGUGCUGGGAAUAAUUGUUGUUAGUGGUUUUUGCACAGGUUGCAUUUCAGUGCAGUUCAGAAUGUAGUGCAUCUUCGUGGCCGUCAUGCUACUGCGAGCGAACAGCGAGAACGCCGCCAUAUUACAUACACUGGGUCACUGAAAACACAAACGCGUCAGGGUAUCAGUCAACGUUCUGUUUUUUUUUGUUUUAUUUGUAAAUAUUAUAUUUAUUUUUAUACAGGAAGUUGCAUCGAUCGAUUAUAUCAUGAACUGAAAACACCCCAUUGGAUUUCUGAAUGUCUAAUAUCUGUGAAGGAGUCUCUUGUUUCCUCCUCUGGGGUGUUUAAUCAGGCAGAGGUCACUGUAUGAGAUCACUUGAAUCAUGCUGUACAUUCAUAUUCAUGCUUAUUGUUUAUUUCUUGUAUCUUUUUUGUACUGUCGACAGGCCUCUUGUGUGAAAUGGUUAUGAUUUAUGAGCCAGUUUAAUAUUAAACGUCUGCCAAGGGA